GGAGUGCGUUGGUUUUCGUGUAAGUAGUUCGUCUACAUAUCUUUUAACAGAUAUCGCUGUUUAUGGCUACCACCACUUGCACUUGCUUGCAAAAUAUACAUCUGUGUGGUAGUUUCUAUCAGAUAUGGGUCAGUCAAGUGAAGUGAAAUGUAAAUUAAUAUAUAUAUCUAUAUCUAAAUGGUGCUCAAGCUCGAAGUUACCAAGUAGUUCUGAUCAUAGCUUUUCCUAAUGACACAGUUAUUUUUGGGACUUCGAAUAGGUUCUGGAAUUAUGACACACUAGGUGGCAGUCUUAAUAGUAUGUAUGCAAAAUUAAGAUAUUAAUUUGGGUAUCUGAUCGUUAUGUGGAAUAUUCUUCAACCUACUCAGUUCUAGGAUGCAGUUGAUGCGACUGAAAUCCACAGGAUCUUUUCAUUGACUAGCUAAUGGCAUCCCUCCCCAAAAGAAUAAUCAAGGAAACUCAGAAACUUAUCCAAGAUCCUUGUGAUGAUGGACCCAAAGAUAGUGCAUAUGAGGGAGGUAUUUUCAACUUGGAGCUGUUUCUUCCAGAGGAUUAUCCCAUGACUGCACCUAAAGUCCGUUUUACAACUAAAUUAUACCAUCCAAAUGUUGAUCAGCUUGGGAGAAUUUGCUUGGAUAUCCUUAAAGAUAAAUGGAGUCCUGCUCUUCAAAUACGCACUGUUCUACUUUCAAUCCAAGCUCUAUUAAGUGCACCAAAUCCUGAUGAUCCAUUAGAUGGAGAGGUUGCAUCACAUUGGAAGCAAAAUGAACCAGAAGCUCUUGCUAAAGCACGUGAAUGGACUCAACUUUACGCUAAACAAAAUUAAUUACUGGAUCAUUGUUCUCAAUAGCAGCACAGCAGCAUGAACAAAAAAAAAACAACCACAUUAACACAGCCAAAAAACAACAAACAAACAAACAUUUUCUACUCCAAAUUAGUUUAUGCUUAAGAGAAAGAUACAUACAAGCUCUCUCUCUCUCUUUCUUCUAUUGAAAUGUAUCCAUGUAUUUAUAUGUUCAGAUCUCCUGGUAUUCGUUAUUAUUAUUAUUACGUAUUGGAGCUCUGUUUACUGUAGGCUUAAAUAUUGAUUUGUAGUUUUUUUCUCUCUUUCGUUUGAGAAGAAUUCUUCAGAUUGUUUUCACUAUUCUCUUCCGAUUGACAAUAAUUUGUGUAUAUUUCAUUCAUCAUUAGAGAUGAUGGACUGCCUGCCUGCCUUGUGAAGCCUUCUUUGUUCCUUUCUUCAUGAUGACGAUGAUGAUUUCCCCUUACGAAUAUGAUGCAUAGGUGAAGUGUUCACUGUCUCUUUUUGUUGAUGUAUGUAUGUAUGUGUGUGCACGUUCAUGUGUUACACAAUUUGUACUGUUUAUAAAUCAUCUAUUUAUUGUUUACCAUCCAUUUUUUUGUAUGUUUCUCUCAUUGUCUUCUCCGGUUUCUUCAUCUGCUUCUCUCUGUGUGUUUGGUGUCUCAUUGUUUUUACUUUCUUCAAAUGUCAUAAACACACAGACAUACAUCUGCAUGCAUAGUCCUGGUGAGGUGAAUUGAAAAUUUUUGCUGUAAAGCCUGUCAAUGAAACAUAACUGUCGUGUUUUCUGCUUAUCUCUACAGACGAUUGAUGGUGACAUUUUUUCUGUAGAAAAUGAUAUCUAAUAGAAGGUUAAUAUCCGGGUUUGACUAGCUAGGUGCUUCUCUUAUUUUGUGUUGUUAGAAAGAGUAUCAUCCAUAGCACACAUACACACACACACACCUUUACACAUACAUACAGAGGUUUGCUAUACAUUAUGCAAUGAGCGGUAAUCAUCCUGGUGAUGUUGUAAUGCCAGAAUGAUUCAACAAGUUAUUCAUUAGUCAGACCGGCAGACAGACAAACUAAAUUUUCCCCCGUGUAUAUGUCAAUAAAGAGCGACGAAAAUUACCCAUCUCUUCUUAUUUAUGAAUAAAUGAUAAUUCAAAUAACUGAUUUUGUUAAUGAUAAAAAUGAAUAAUGAUAAUGAUAGCCUCCGUUCAUAUUUUUUUUUAUUAUUACUCUUUCAGACAUAUUUAGUUGUAUGUGUUUUAUGUUGGAAAACUGACUGAUUGACUGGUUUC